AUGCCUAUCCAGUACAGCUGCGUGGUGUAUAACACCACAGUUCUGUGCAGUUACCAAACAGCCCCAGGACCGUUCGAGAAGCUUCUGGCGUCACGUUUGUCAGAAAUUUCAACUUACAAGAAGGGAAAGAAUGUCUUCAAUGCCGGCAAUUACGUGUACUAUACGAUCACGGAGAAUGACGUCACAUUCCUAUGUACCGUCACUGCCGACGUCACCGUGAUGCAGUCCUAUGCCUUCCUAAUCCAGGUGAAGACUCUGUUUUGGCAGACAGGUUUCGGUUCAAGGGACUUGUCGUCAUCCGAACCCCACGAACUUGAUGCUGAAUUUGUUGCAGUACUUGACACACAAAUGGAGCUGUACUCGUCUGACAUAUGUACAACAAACAACGAAGUGUUGCCGCCGGACAACGAGUCCACAGCCUCAGUAACACUGGAACUAGCUGCUCUUACGGAAGGGUUCGAUGUUAUCGACGCGAAUGAAGUAAAGGAGGACGGAGAGAAAGUGGAGGAGGUUAACAUGAUCAAGGACAAUCUAAAGAAUGUCAUUAGGAAAGAAUCUUUCAAACGAUCAGAAAAAAUAGAAGAGUUGGAAUUCUUUGUCGAAAAAAAUACAAAGGAGGCCCUUGCUUUUCGGGAGAACGCCAGACGUGCCAACUGGUUUCUUAGGAAGAAGAACAGACGCAUUAGUAUCAUGCUUGGUAUCACUAUCUCUGUAACAGUAUUAGUGAUCAUCGUGGUCGUCAUAUUACUAGUGGUCGGGGUACUAGGGUAA